CCGGCCGCAACCCGGUUGUAGGGGACGCCAGCGAUGGCGUUCUGGGGCACCGCCGUAAAGCCAGGCACCUGGACGCAGGGGAAGGCUCCUGAAGGCGAAAUAUUGCACGUGUCGCAGGCCUGCCUCCACGAUCCGAAGCCGGGCAAGACUUACUUACAGAUACAGGUGAGCGGUACGACCUACACAGUUGCCUGCCUGGAAAAGGACAAGAGAGAGCACGAUGCACUGGAUGGGGACUUGAUGUUUGCGCCAGAGGACGCGCCGAAGUUCUGUGCUAAAGGAAGCAGCGAAAUUCACCUUGUUGGCUACGUGGAACCCGAGCAGGCGAGCGACGAGGAGGCCGCCGAGGCCGCGGUGGCGCCAAAGGCGGCCGCCCCGAAGGCGAGCGCCUCGCCCAAGAUGCUGGCGGCGGCGGCCGCCAAGGCAUCGCCCAAGGCGGCUCCAGCCCCGUCUCCGAAGGCGGCGCCGGCGGCCUCGCCGAAGGCGGCGGCCAAGGCCUCCCCGAAGCUUGCAGCCAAGAAGGCGGAGGCCCCCGCCGAGGAGGACGACAGUGCGGAGAGCAUAAUCCUCGAGGGCGAGGAGGGCGAGGAGGAGGAGCCGCGGGUCAAAGAUCCUGUCGUAGAUGCGGACGAGGGGCCUAAGAAGGGCAAGGCUGCCAAAGCCGACGCCAAGGAGGCGGGCAAGCGCAAGGCGCCCGCGGAGGCGGCAGGAGGCCCAGCGGCAAAGAAGGCGAAGGACGACACAGAGCCGCUGAAGCCUGACGAGAGCGAGUACGUGCAGAAAUUGGUGGCCUACCUCAAGACCAAUGGCAAGACAAACGUGAGCCUCCUGGGCUCAAAGGUCCAGCGGCCUAAGAGCUUGCCCAAGCUCAAGGACAUUCUUAACAAGCACACCGCCAAGUUCAAGGCCGCGGGCUCAGGUCACGGGGGACUCGGUGGAGGCCCCGCGGCCCGCGGCGCGCCUUGCGGGUCGCCGGGCGCGGUCGGGGAUGUCAGCACCGGCCUGGCUCAAGCGAAAUAUCCUCACACCCUGACCGUCGGCCAGUUUCUGACCAUCUUGCCAGCGCCCUCACCGCACACUCUUUGUCAGUGCUGCGCCAUGGCCGGGAUGGACAUCGAGGCCGAGGGAUCCAGCGUCACGCAGGGCAUGUUUGAUCUGAACAUGGCAGCUGCGCCUGGCACCCAGGUCGCCGCCGCACCAGCGCCCACAGCCGUCGUCGAGACGCCCUCGGCUUUCGCGGCUCUGAUCGAGCAUGAGAUGCUCGCGCAUUUCGAGCUCAUCCAGGCGGCGCAGUCGAUCAACGGCCGCACCGUCGUCCCACGCUCCCUGGACACGAAGAUGGAGUUCGACCACGUCCUGCAGGCGCUCGCGUGCGCCGCGGACGCUGCCGAGCCUUGGAGCGUCCUCGGGUUGGCACCUUCGGAGGGCCCCGACAUCUCGUUGAACGCCAUUGGGACGCGCCUCCGCUUCGUCAAGCUGCUGGCCUCAGUGAUAAACGGUGCAAGCUGGCCUGAGCAGUACAAAUCCGACGCCCUCACGUCCGUGCAGAAGAUCUCCAACGCCGCCGAGGCCUGCUUCGACUCCUUCGACGCGUGGGUCCGGGAGAGGAAGCGUGCACGCCCCUCCAAACUCCCCCUCUGGAGGGAGCUGGGCAGUCGCGCUCUGAAGGUUGUGCUCGACACCGCACCUUUGGGGACGGAGCUGGUGGGCACCCAGUGGUCGAACCUGCAAGGCGCUGCGGGAGAGUCGGCGGACCCCCGGUACAGUUCCAGAGAGCCGACUGUCGCAGUGGCCCGCCUACUGGCCGAUCUCGCGGAGAAGGGGGGCCCCGCCUUCUGGGACGCCGUGAAGGUCCCGCGCGAUUGCAUCCGCUUCUUCGUGCCGCUGGAUUUGCACCCUGGCUGCGCCGGCGUCGAGUCCAUCUGCGACUUGUGGUGGCGCGAUCUCUCGGGCGACAAGUGGCCUGGCAUGGCCCUUAACGUCGACAUUCACCCACGACCGUUCGAGUUCAUCUCCCCUGGCCCUGCGGGUCCCCGUCGCGAGCUGCGCGGCCUGGCGAUCUUCGCGGUCUCCUCUUCGCUGCUUUGCCGGGCGCCGCGCGUCCGCGACCUGGGGGCGCCCAUCUUGGCGGUGGCCGCGCUGCCGACGUGCAUUAUGGUCUUCCCUUCCGCCGUCGGCCCGCAGGAGACGCCCAGCGGCCGCGUCGAGAUGCGCUUCGCCACCCGCGCGCCCCUCGUAGUCGAGGUGGGCCAUGCGGGCGCCAUCGGCGCGUUCUGCAACGUGUGUUCGGGGGCCCUCUUCUUCGCCAAGUCCGCUGUCCUCCUCGCCGCGGAGGCCGCCCCCGAGACCUGGCAGGCCGCCGUGGACGCAAUGCUGCAGAACGGCCCCGACUCCGCGGAAUUCAAGCUCAAGCGCCGCCCCUCCCGCCAUGGAGGUUGGCAGUUUGCCGCCCCGUCGGCCCUCCAGGCUCGACUGGCGGCCGCGCGCCAUGCGAGGCAGACGAGAGGAGGCGCUGCGAGCCUCCAGGCCGUCGCGGACGUCGAGAUCAAGGGCCGCCUGCAUGCGGGCGAGCAUGCGCUGGUGCAGCCCCUCAUGCAGCACCGGGCCCUGCAGGCUGGGCUCCACCUCGCGGAGCAGUCCACCACCGGGGGCCCCAAGACGAGCUCUUGGAAGUGGUUGUCGGCUUCGGACCCUUCCGCGCCACCAGGCCGCGCGAGGCUGUUCUUGAGAGACCUCUCGGAAGUUCGGGCGGUCCGCGACGAGCUCCAUGACGGGGGCGCCCGGGUGGGCAUGGGCACUUUCAGAGCGUUUGUGCACAACGACCUGCGAGACCAGGUUGGGGGCGCAGACGCCGCCUCAUGA